GUCGAGAUGUCAGCUAUGCACUGGGAAGCCAGAAGACGUCAGAGUGCCCUUGAUCGAAGGCUGGCUAGAGACAAACAGCAACUUAUGCAGAAAAAGGAGACCAGCAGCAGUAUAACUGAGCAGAGUUCUUCCCCGGAGAAAACAGCUGAAUACCAGUGUCCCUUCUGUAAAAGUGAGUUGAAGAAUCCAAUCCGUCACAGCGGCAAAAUUCCAAACAGAUACUCAUCUUUACAGUAUACGCAGCAGUGGUGAGACAGUGGUUGUUACCACAAUGGAGAUAACAUUUGCUUCUACAAUAUUUACUUGAAUAUCAAAGUACAAGUCUCCUGUCCAGGCGAAUGAACCUAAAAUGACAUUUUGAAGUGUUAGACAGCUGAUGUUUUCUAAAGGACAUACAGAGAAUACCGAAUAAAAGCCUUAAGCCAAUGUUAGAAGUAGGAGUGGGAACCUCUUGGUACCUCAUGAUAUGAUACGAUUUGUGAUACAAAACUCACGAUAACGAUGAUCUGACGAUCUGGCGAUACAACGAUUAUCGAUACAUUGGUCAGGAAAUCAUUCUUCAUUCAAUCAUAAACAUAAAAACAAGCUUCUGCUGUGAACUGAAAUGAGUUUAUCACCAGAAGACCUCCAAUCCAUGACUCCAGUGACUCAAACUCAACAGGAAAUGACCUGUAAAUGCCCUAAAAUUGACAGCAGGUGACCUGUAAAGGCCCUGAAUAUCGGACAGAAUGACUGUGAAUGCUCUGGUUUCGAUAGAACGAAUGUUUCUAGUCUAAAUUGAUUGGGCGUCGAGCACUGUCAAUGCAGCCUUAGAGUUAACUGAGACACUAUUAUGGUGUAAGAUUUUGUUAGCAACUUGUUGGUUCCUUUUUAUUUAUACACCUUUUUUAAACGAUAUCUCGAUUCUUGGCAGGAGCAUAUCGAUAACCUUUGGGGAUAGAAAGUAUCACGACAUAUCACCAUUUCGAUAUUUUGUUACUCCCCUAGUUAGAA